ACCAGGCUGGCCUCGAACUUAUAAAGAUCCACCUGCCUCUGCCUUCCGAGUGCUGGGAUUAAAGGCAUGCAUCAGCACCGCCCGGCCGCACACAUUUUAACUAUGUGUAUGUGUAUAGAUAUGUGCAGGUGAGUGUGGGGCCUGUGGAGGUCAGAGUACCAGACUCCCGAGAGUUACAGGCAGUUGUGAGCACUUGAUUUGAAGGCUGUAAACCAAACUUCGAUCCUCUGAAAAAACAGUAUAAGCUCUUAACCACUCUGAAAAAACAGUAUAAGCUCUUAACCACUAAGCCAUCUCUCCAGCCCCUUCUUUUCUUUUCCUUCCUUCCUUCCUUCCUUCCUUCCUUCCUUCCUUCCUUCCUUUCUUUCUUUCUCUCUCUCUUUUUUGAGAUAAAAUUUCAUGUAUGCCAGGCUGGCUUUGAACUCACAUAGCCGAGGAUGACCUUAGACUUUGGGUCUUCCAGCUUCCAUCUCUCCAUGCCUGUGCUGUACAGCACUGUGAACUAAAGCCAGGGUUUGGUGAACUAACAUUAAGCAAGUACUCUACUGACAGCUACAUCUCCAGUUCUUCUUUCUAAUUUGCUACGUAGUUGAGGAUGACCUUGAACUCCUAAUACCCCUGACUCUACUUCCCAGCUGUAAAGAUUGCAGGCCUGCACCACCACACCUAGUUUUGGAUGGUUGAUAUCAAAGGACAGAAACCCAGGCCUUGUGGACUGAGGCAAAACAAGAAUUUAUUGGCUUGUACCACUACAGUUCAGUGGGAGGCUAAAGCCUAGGCAUAGCUGGACCCAGAAGUCCCAUGAUGCUCCCUGUCCUUACUCUGCCACCCUUGGAUUUUGACAGUCCGCUCCUCGUGGUUGUAUCUCCAGGACACAGCAUCAUGCCUGGCACACAGUCCAGACAGCUGUGGCAACUCCAGCCUCACUCCUCCCAGCUUUGCAAUCCUGACAAAAACCUCUCUCCUUCUUAACCAUUGGUCAGAACUCCAAUCUGGACUUCCAGGUGCCCAGUGCGGAGUUCCACCAUCCCUGAGGUGGUCACAGGGCCCAAAGACUCACUCCUCUCACAUGGGCAGGUCAUGUUCCCACAUCCUCAAGGCUCUGAAAGGAACUUUUCCAGGUCCACCCGCAGGGCAGGCCAAGUGCUAGGCCGGAGCCCUCUCUUCCACCACCACCGGAAGCCUGGUUCCUGGGGCUCUAUGCUCUACAGCCAGCUGCAGUCCUCAGAGCUGAGCAGCAGGCCCUCACUGGGUCCACAGUGAGAGGAAGGGAUGGGAGAGCCUGUGGUCCCAGAAGGAGGGCUAUGGAAUUUCUACCCAAGGAAACAAAAGAAGGGGCCCCAGUCCCAGGCUGCAGCUGCUUCUUCAUAUUCAAAAUGGAGCUUUCAGUUCCACUUGGUUCCCACUCCGCAGUGCUGGAAGGGGAAGUAAAAAGGGAGAAGAGAAAGCAGAUGCCUGUCCCCCUGCUGCCUUGUGCUGGCUUUGCCAACUGUAGCCUGGGGGGACCAGAAUUAUCCUAAUGGGGAUUCUGUCCCCUACCUACUGUCCCCCAGGUACCAGGGACUGGCAUAAGGAACCGACCUCAGUCUGUCUGGAGGUGGGUUCCAAGGUACUCAGACUGGAUGCCACACAGGGUCAGGGCUGGGUGAUACCUGGAAUAGAGGGUAUAACCCUGUAAGCAAGGGAACACAGCUACCGUAAGUUUCUCAGGCUCAGAGGGAUUGGAUAGUAGGCCCUAAGCCACACAGCAGGCUGGGUCUUAGCCUGACUCAGAAGAAGGAAGCCAAGUCUUAACCCCACCAUCCUGCACCUUUGCUGCUAAAUUCACAAGGCUGGGAUACAGCAAGGGGGUUUCCCAGCGUCGUUUCCCAGCAGGCAGGGAGUCCAAGUUUGGAAGCCUCAUCUCAGGUCCAGCAGGAGCAGGGAAUGUUAGUAGGUGGUGACUCAGGCUUCCAGCUCCUGCCUCUGUCCCACAGGCUUCCUCGUCCCUCCAGACACGGAGGAUCAGUCAAAGGGCGUUCUGCGACUAAGAGUACCAAGAGCGCUGAGUCAGUUCUUCCUGGCGUCUGCACUCAUUUGACUGUGCUGCAGAACCGACCUCAUAGUUGUGAUCUGGACUAAGAAAAGGAAGCAAGUAGAGGUUGUCCCUCGGUGGGUGAGGGCUGCAGUGUUUUUGCUGGUGGUUUACCCAGAUACCUGGAGUAGAGAUGGGCAGAAGAUGCCUGGCCUCAUAGCGAUACUCCUGGCUGGACACGCAAGUGGCUGCUGUGAGCUGCAUUGAGAGGGUCUUCAAAGUUGCCUCAACCCUGACUGACCCUGGGCCACAGGAGACUGUCCUGGGAACAUCACAAGGAGCUAGCUACUAGGAAGAAGGUGGCAACUGUCACAUUGUAGCCAGCAGCUGAGAGAGCCAGGUGGGAGCUGAGGACCAGCUUGGAUCCAUUCCCUGAACUGCCCUCCCCCACCCAUUUGCCUCAGUGGCUCCCCGCCAAAACCCAUCUUUAGGCCACCAUCCCCGAAGAACAAUGAGCUGUGACUGACAGAACAUGGGUUCUGAAGGUGGCGUUUUCCUCAGUGGGCUCUCAGUGUGUGCACUGUCCACAGGGGUAAACUAAGAGCCACCCGAGCUCUCUGCCCUGGACCCAACCUGCCUUGAAGACGUGGAGAAACACCAAACCUGGUACUUCCUCAUAGAGGGCUUCCAUCUGCAUGAGACAGAUUCUCCAAGCAUAGGAAAAGCAGUUGGGCAGUAAUGGAGCGGGAUAAUGGCACCAUCCAGGCACCAGGCUUGCCGCCCACUACGUGUGUCUACCGUGAGGAUUUCAAGCAACUGCUGCUACCCCCGGUAUACUCAGUGGUGCUGGUGGUCGGCCUGCCACUGAACAUCUGUGUCAUCGCUCAGCUCUGCGCAUCCCGUCAGACCCUGACGCGUUCAGCUGUGUACACCCUGAACCUGGCACUGGCAGAUCUGCUGUAUGCCUGCUCACUGCCCCUGCUUAUCUAUAACUACGCCAGAGGGGACCAUUGGCCCUUCGGAGACCUGGCCUGUCGCCUCGUGCGUUUUCUCUUCUAUGCCAACCUACAUGGUAGCAUCCUGUUCCUCACCUGCAUUAGCUUCCAGCGCUACCUGGGUAUCUGCCACCCCCUGGCCUCCUGGCACAAGCGUGGAGGUCGCCGUGCUGCCUGGGUGGUAUGUGGAGCUGUGUGGUUGGCUGUGACAGCUCAGUGCCUGCCCACAGCAGUCUUUGCUGCCACAGGCAUCCAACGCAACCGCACUGUCUGCUAUGACCUGAGCCCACCCAUCCUGUCCACCCGCUACCUGCCCUAUGGCAUGGCUCUCACGGUCAUCGGCUUCUUGCUGCCCUUCACAGCCUUACUGGCCUGCUACUGUUGCAUGGCCCGCCGCCUGUGCCGCCAGGAUGGCCCAGUAGGACUUGUGGCCCAAGAGCGGCGCAGCAAGGCAGCCCGUAUGGCUGUGGUGGUGGCGGCUGUCUUCGCCAUCAGUUUCCUUCCUUUCCACAUCACCAAGACAGCUUACUUGGCAGUGCGGUCGACACCCGGUGUCUCUUGCCCUGUACUGGAGACAUUUGCAGCUGCCUACAAAGGCACUCGGCCCUUUGCCAGUGCCAACAGUGUACUGGACCCUGUCCUCUUUUACUUCACACAGCAGAAGUUCCGGCGGCAGCCACAUGAGCUCCUACAGAAGCUCACAGUCAAGUGGCAGAGGCAGAGUCUGAGGCCCCAGGGCAAGCCCUGAGGCACUGGCAGCUGUGUAUUUGCCAUGGGGGCCAUGGUGCCAGAAGCUUCCCCCACAAGUCCAAAUUAUUCAGAGAAGUAAAACUUGGUUCAACAGGCCUGGGUCCGGCCCUAAAGAAGUUCUACAUCAACCACAAAGCUAAGACACCUAUAUUUCAGAGGCCGGUCAGUUCAUGCUUGUUAUCCCAGAACUCAGGAUGUUACGACUGGAGGAUAAAAAGCUCCAGGCCAGCCUGAUACAUGGGGGAACCCUGUCUCAGACAAUCAAGAGUUGGGGCUAUAGUUCAAUAGCACGGGUUCAAUCCCUAACACUGCAAAAUUCAAUAAAGGCCUUUCCCCCAGCCCUUCUUGUUUACAAGGGGAAGGGGAAGGCUGGGGCAUGAUCAUGAACAUGAAGUCAAGGUUUUGAUUCCUGGGACCCACUUCUUAGAAGGAGUGAGAAGCUGGGGGAGGCUCGUGUUCCCAUUCAUUUGCCAAAACUUUUGCAUAAGAGAGAUAAAUAAAUGUAAUUUUGUGGGUUU